GUAGUUGCAUUGACAACUUAACUACCGGUACUCUGUUUCACAGAGGAGUAAAAUAUGCUUUUUAACCUUGGGUUGAUUUACACUCUUUUUUAUAAAAACGUCUAAUUUUCAGUUGGGGCUAGGCCGUUUUUGUUUUGGUCAUUGUAAGGCUGAGUAUGUUAUUUUAUUAUAUAUAAAGAAUAUAAUACCCAAUGAAUUAUUAGGAAGAGAAUAACACUAAUGAUCAAUAGCAAUAAUAAGGUUGUUAGUAUGAGCACAAUUUGAUUCUGCAUUUUAGAACGCAUCAGGCCUAAAAAAAAGGUUUUUUCUGCUAUUUCAGCCUUGACAUGUUCUUAGCAUGUUCUUAAAAAUUUGGUGAAAUGUCAGACUGGACAUUCUUAUUAAAAAAACGAGUGUAUUGCUUAUCUACACCAUGCCUGAGUAGACCAACUGGUUUUUCUACAGCUUGUCUGUAGUCUUUCUUGUCAUACCAUUGUUUUUUUGUGUGUGCAACUGCUGUGUUUCCUAAACUGAGGGCCUGCUCUUUUUCUGUGCAUUCUUAAUGGAUAAUAUAUGAUCUUUUUCAGAGACGAGUGAUAUGACUAGGGCAAGAACACUGGGAAAUUUGUGUAAAAAAGGAACAUUUCUCUGCUAUGAAUAUAUACCCAGUGCAAACAUUUUAAUGUAUAAAAAAAAAACAUUUCAACGGAUAGCUACAGUGUGCAUUUAAACAACUGAAUAUUCAUGCGAUCAAAACGAAACCACGGGUAUCCCGUGAAGCGUAUAUUUAUAAUUAUUUUUUUAAAAGAAAAUUAAACGAUGUAGUUUCCCAUUCCCGCAUGGUAGUCUAUUUUAAAGCAUUGCUGCUCGAGCGUUAUCUGCUAAAAUCUAGAUGUGGACUACGUCCUAAGCAUUAGAAUGGCGUAUGCCGUACCUCUUGUGUCUUGGCGUGACGUCACGUUAUUUAGAGUCCACGGUCGUGGAAGAAAGGACUCUAAAGCAAACAGGGAUUUGAUUUAUGCCGAAAACAAUGACAUAGCUUGCUGUUGAUCAUUUGAAUGUUUUACUAUUGGUUCGGAUUAUAAUUCCUUGGAUAUGAUUCACAGAAGAUUGCAUCACAAAUGGCAUGGAAUUUGAAAAGGGGCAAGUAGUCUGAAAUGGCGCUAAAAUACGGUUCGUAGUGUAAGAUACAACAUGACAAAGUACUUACUUAUUUACGAUUUCUUGGAGGGAAAUUAGACCGUUGUCGGUUAGAACAAGGCACGUUGUUGUGAUAUCUAAUGAAUAAAAGAAUGCAGAAUUUUGCUGCACCGUGAAUAUGGAAAACAAUGAUUGUGAAGUUCAAAUUGCUUCUGGAUCUACUUCGGAGCAGACCGAUGGCAGACAAAUUUCCAGCAGAACUUCGAAUUCGACUACCACUACGAAAUCCAAAUAUGGCGGAACCAUGGUCUUUGAGUUUAAGAACUGUUCACCUAACUUUGGGAUCAAGUUGGAUAACAAAGAAACAGCUACCAAACAUUUAACAAGUUCACGAACGACCCUAGGAAAUGCACGAAUUUCAGAAAUACAACCCAAAAGUUUGGCUUUUUCCGAUGGAAGGUUGACAGUUGGUGACAAAAUUCUUGCAAUUAAUGGAAAGGAUCUAUCAAAAGCCAGCGUUGAAAGAACUAGACUCUACCUGAACAGUGCAUUGCGUGGUGGAAGGCUUUCACUCACUAUUUCUAGAGAAGCACCUGCCUUGAAUAGUGGCGAUGCUGAUCAGGGCCAGAAGACCAGGUUGUUGGAACAGAAACGUGUGGCUAAGAAGAUUCACAUCCUUAAAGACUCAAGAGGGCUAGGGUUACAAAUAGCUCAAAGAACCGACCCAGCUUCUGGUGCAACUGGGAUAUUUGUGUCUCAUCUUGAUGCUGGAGGUGCUGCUGCAAGGGAUGGUCGUAUUAAGGAGGGCGAUGAGCUGCUUUGGAUCAACAAGCACAGCCUGAUUGGUGUAACACAGCAACAAGCGGUCGACUUUUUGAGAUCUUCCCCUCGCCUCAUCCAAAUGGUCAUAUCUACAAAGGAUGAGGGGAAAUCGGCUUCGACAAAAAGACUAAGGACACCAUCUAAAGAAGAUAUAAAAGCCUCUCCUUUAAACAACAACACAAUAGAACAAGUCGGUGUGGAAAAAAGCACUCGCCAAAAAGCGAAAACGGGUCUAGGUUCAAAUGAUAAAAAGCUGGAAAACAGUAAAGCGCCGUCUAAACAAGGCACAAGGGGACACGGUUUAAAAGGAAGUGAGCAAAAGCCGAAAGAUAUAACAUCCGCAACAUUAAGUUCACAUGGGAAGAGAAAUGGAACGGAAUGGGGAAGUAAAACGCCACAGGAAAAAGUAUUUAAACGCAGUAAGACCCCUGGGAUCAGCGAGGAAAAUAUGAGAAAUGGUUAUUAUACGGGUGUUAAAAUCGAUUUAGGUAGAGCUGGUAACGAAACGAUAAUUCAAGAAAAAGAGGAGUUGGUUAAACCACAAAGAAGAAAAAAUAGUUUCGAUCACGUAAACGAAAAUGUAAUGGAUAAAACAAAAAUUAGUUCACUCAAUGGUGUUCUAGAAAGUGAGAAAAUUGAAGCCACUUCAACGAGGAAAACAGAGUCAGAGCCUUCAGACAAAGCUGGAAAUAAAUCGAAUGGGACAAAGAAAGAAAGAGCCAAUUCAAAAACCAAGAGUAUUUUUCCUCGACUGACAAAAGCUCAAUCUUUGGAGUCACUCCAAAGAACAUCUAGCGGCGAUGAAAGCGCUCCCGAGAACGCACGACGAAUGUCUCGAUCUUCGAGUAUCUCGUCACUCGGUUCCCAGGGCUCCACUGGUUCAGGGUUCGGGAAGAAAGUCAAGAAACUUAUUCGGACUUUAUCGUCGGAUCUGAUCUACUCAAAGGCGGAAGAUAGCGGAGAUAGCGAGCCUUUUUCUUUAGAAGGCAAGCUGCUACCAAAAGCCUCAAGCUCUUCAUUCAUAAACAAACUUAAAGGAACGACAACGCCGGUACUUGACGCUUCGAAACGGAACCGGAAGUCGUCUAACCCGGAAGUCAGUCCGGCUGGGUUGAGAGCACCUCAGGGUGUCACAAUGACUUCAACGUCUAGACCAAAAUCUCCCACAAUUCCUCCUGGAACGACCACUGGUCGCUAUAUUGAGCCCGCAAACUCUGUGGCAACUCAGGGAGCUUCAACGCCCGUGUUGUCUGUCGGCACAAACAUACGGGAGUCCCCCCAGGCUUCUAGGAAAUUUCCCGACCAAGUGAAAAGGCGUGGUAGCGUAGAUUCAGAGAAAGACGUGCUGACGGUCGUGUUAGUGAAAGGCAUGGCCGGGAAGGGACUGGGGUUUACUAUCGUUGGCGGUCGGGGGUCCCCCAGGGGAGAUUUGCCCAUCUAUAUCAAGAAUGUUUUGCCUGGCGGAGCGGCCGCAGCCGAUGGGAGAUUGAGACGAGGUUAUGAGGUAUUGUCCGUUAAUGGCUCUGACAUGACGUCUGUCACUCAUCGAGAAGCGCUAGAUUUCUUCAAGAAUAUUCGACGUGGUGUUGUUACUAUCAAAGUGCGUACCGGGGCUUCAGGGCUCCCGAGCGCUUCAACCUUCAACACUCCCGAACCCUCGCCACACACUAAAAGACGAUCUAGCGAAGAACGAGAAACUUGUGCGGAGUCUUCAAGUUCCAGCGCACAAGACUCACCGACAAUGCUACGGCGACUGAGGCAUAAGAAAAACAAGAAAGCCAAACACACAGAAAUCGUACUUCACAAAGAGCCAGAUACCAGCCUUGGUGUUGGACUAGGUUCUACGCCCCCUGCAGAGCUGAAUGGCAAACAGGGGUUGUUCAUACAGUAUUUAGUAGAGGGGUCACCCGCUGCCCUUGAUGGCAGGCUCAGCAAGGGUGACCAGCUCAUGGAGGUUAACGAGAAAAACAUAUCUACGACAGGUAUAGAGAAGACCUACCAGCUUCUAAACACCCUACCCGCGGGAAAAAUCACACUUCGUGUCAUUAAGGCAGAGCACCAACAAGCCGAAGCGUUGCCUAGCCACCUGAACACUGCCCUGGAGAAGAUGAACAGUGAACGAAAUCUAUUGGAUAAAAAGAUGCGUCGGCCUCCAACCACAGGGAUCCCAUCGGAUAAAAUCAGAGCACAGGAGUCUGGGGAAUCGUUUGAUGACAUCAUGAGCAUAUCAUCAUCCAAUGAGGCGCUGCUACCAUUCGUCCCAAAAACAGAGGAAAAUGUAAAGACUGGACGUGUCUUUCAUCCGGAAGAGAGUGCGCUCUCAUCGGCUGCCAAAAAGCAUUCUCAAAUUGAAAUGGUGACACUAAAGAAGCUUGCAACAGGUGAGCUUGGUAUGGGCGUGACAAUUGACAAGUCACGUGGUUCUACUGUCGUUGAGGGUGUGUUUAUCAAGAGCGUUGCUAGUGGAAAGUCCGCUGACCAGGCCCAGAGUGUCAGCGGCGGGCUCAGACCAGGAGACGAGAUCCUUGAAGUGAAUGGAAUCUUCCUGCGAUAUAUGGACCAAGAAGAUGUCAUCAAGAUCUUUCGCGACCUGCCUGUUACUACGAUAAUGAAGGUGAACCGUGCCAAGCAGGCCACGCCCAUCAGAGGGGGUAACCCCGCCAUGUUAGAGGGGGCCGAGGACACAUUCGAACACAAAGAGAGUGAAAAUAAGGCAGAUGCUGUACCAGAAGGGUUCACGAAAAUGACGGUGGAGAUAGAGAAGCAAUCUAUGGCUUCGCUGGGUGUGUCUCUUGUACCGAGCUUCGGAAAACUCAAAGGGUACUUCCAGGUUCGGAGGAUUCUCCCCGGAAGUGUGUGUGACAGGAAUGGGAAACUCCAGCCCGGUGAUAGGCUGAUCUCCAUGAAUGGCGAAAGCCUCACCAACGUCACGCAUUCCACUGCGUUACACAUCCUCAAAAAACCCACAGACAAAGUUGUAUUAGUGAUAUUGCGUGACGUCCAUGACCUCACCAGCGAAGCAGCCAAUCAAAACAUCGCUGUCGCGCAAGUCCACAAGCCAUCUUCAAAUCGCGUGAUUCCAAAGCUUCCCCCACCGAAAAAUGACUUGAAAUCACAUGAUCACGUUUCAAAACAUUCACGUGAUUUUACGAAUGGUAAACAGGCCAUUGCUUCUGAAGACAGUAAGACGUCUAAGCACUCUAAUGUCUCGGUUGACAAUGACGAUGACGCGUUUGCUCCAGAACCCCCUCUGUCUCCCCCACCCUCUCCCCCAGAGUCUUACAACAGUGAACCUGAGGACAGCCCCCUGGUGGGGCCAUCAAAGCCCCCGACCCCACCCCCCUUUGACGACGAGCAUGCUGCAGAAAAUGAUCUUCUUCUUUCUAGAGAAGAAAGGUCUGACUCACCAACAAACGUGGCCUUCAGAGAAAAGCCUCGUAGAAUAUCCAACAAUAAUACCUAUACCAGCAAGGACAGGGGAGUGUCCUUAGAUUCUGAUACUAGCUAUGGAAGCGACAGUGUUUUCACCUCAGGAUCUGAGGGUAAAGAAACUUCUCGAACUUUCCCAGAUGGUAGCAAAGUGAUUCUUCCCCCUCCUCUUAUUCAAGGAUAUUCAAACAUCAAAAACUCGAAAUUGCGCUCAACGAAGCCCAACUCCGUAGACUACCCUAAAACUACCCCCAAGGAACGCUCGCCUAAAAAACAACUUCAAAUUGGCAGCCCAAGGUCAGCGGUUGCUGCAAUGGAUACAACACAAUCACGUGUUGCAAAGUCUAAAACGUCACGUGAUGAUAUUGUUGCCAUGGAGAUGACGGAGCUGAGGAGCCAGGCAAAGUAUGUUUUCGGUGUUCGACAUGAAUGUGAGCCGUUUGUUAUUGAGUUCCAGAAAAAGUUCCGUAGUCUUGGCAUCAAGGCGGGGCUUAAUGACAGUGGGCGGGUAGUUGUGACGGAGGUGUCCUCGUUUGGACUUGUCGGCAAGGAUGGGAAUAUUAGGGUUGGGGACUAUCUUCUUUCCAUCAACGACAUCAAACUCGAUAACAAAUCUGCGGAGGAAGUAAAUCAGCUGUUAAAGACAUGCCCAAAAGGAAUUGUCACGGUUGAAGCCAAAGCAGGACCUGAGGUAUCCCAACCCACCCCUCCCCCACAGACGCCGUCUGCUACUAGGAGAACUGACACAAGACCUCGACCAGUAUCCAUCGAAAGAGUUCCGCUGAUGGAGGACACGAGUGCGCGUGCGUCGUUGGCCUUCUCCGCUGAAUCAUUAAAUAAUAUAAAUCCAACAUCGGAGAUCUUGACAGGAACGGUUCCAGUGCUAGAGGAGUUAGAAAGGUUGUCCGAAGAUUCCAUAAGAAAUCAUAUUGUUCCCUCCCAACCUACCUCUGAACCUCCGGAAAUACAGAAGUGCUUGGUAUUUGAGAACUUGGGGAUAAAUGAGACACAGGAUAAAGCACAAAUUCAAAUAACGCCAAGGCUACAAAGGCAAAGCAGAGUUAAGGGAGAGAGUGAGGAAUGUCCGCUUGCAAAGGAAGAAGCCUUUGUCAUUUCCACGAAUAGCAUAGAUUCUGUUGAGAACGAGCAACUAAACCUCGAUCCUCCGAAGUUCCCGCCACCACCACCGGUACCAACCGAAUUCCUGGACUCUGUUGCUCCAACUGAAUCGAUGGAGACGAAUGAAUUGGACUGCAGAGAAAAUCAAACAUCCCCCCAGCCCCCAGACGUGCUAGAAAAGAAUUCGUUACAAAUACCCAAUGAUUUACAAGAAACUACUUCACCCCCAAAACAUGAUUUCCAGGAUACCAUUUCUUCACGUAGAACUGAUUUCCUAGAAACCGAUUCACAAUCAAGACUAGACGUCAAAGAAAACAUAAAAUUUGUUGAUAAUGCUUUGUCGGACACGGUCAAGAGAGAAUCUAUCGAUGCAAGUCUUGAUGACAGUCUAAGUCUGUCUCCUCCUACAUUAUUUGGCGAUGAAAGCGAGGACGAAUGUUCUUUUGGAGCUCCGCCGGGUUGGGAAAACGAGGGGCUUCCAGAAGGAGUACCCCCACCUCCUAGCUUAUUCAAUGACGACCUGGAAAGUCUACCCCCUGCUCCACCCCCACCUGUGGACCACGCCCUCUUUGAUACUUCCAUCCGCCCCCCAAGUUUAUUCUCGGAUGAUUUUGAAGACGUUUCUCGUGUCAAACCAAAGACCAAGUCUGAGCUGAAGGUAAAAUCUAAGCCAGCUCACAAAUCUCACAAAAAGCAGACAAGUCCCAUCAAGAUGUUUUCAGCAGAUGAUGCAAAUAACACUUGGGACACUCCUCACAAGGACUCAAAAAAGAGAUCACCGAUAUUAUUAGCUUCACCAAAACUCAGAAAGAAGCACCACAGUCCUCCAUCCCCUGAUCUUGUGUUUGACACAACGCUACCGAGUACACCUCUUCCACCAAAAGCUCUAAAAUUAUUAGGAGAAAGCCAACCCAGCACUCAAAGGCUUCCCCCCAAGGCACUUAAGCUGCUAGGAGAAAGUCCACCGUCCUGCGAGCCGGAUAGUCAGCUACCAAGAGCUUCUCCGAAAGCUCUCAAACUUCUAGGACUCUCCCAAAGUAUCGAUGUUGACAGUUCACUUGGUGCUGAUAGUGAUAAACUAUUCACCUUAAGGAGGAGGGAAGUGGAGGUUGACCCCAAGGCAUGUGAGGGCAUGAAUGAGUUGACAACUCCUGCAAUAGAUGACGAUAUGGCGAGCCUGCCACCUGCUCCACCGCCGCCUGUAGUCUCCCCACCCCUCGGUCCAGUUCUGUCUCGUGCCCGUCCCUUAGCUGACCUCCCCUUAUCUAACACGAGCACUAGCUUGGAUCAGGAUGUUGAUAAGGAUGUACUCGACCUUUCUCCAGAAGUUGAGGACGACAUUGCUAGUUUACCCCCAGCCCCACCGCCACCGAAAAGUCCCGUAAUGUUCUCCGGUUCCGUAAAAUCGCCUCCAGUCUUGGAACGUAGCCAAAUCUGUGAGACUCAUUUUGAACAUAAUCUUAAAUCCAUACCCCUCCCAACAAGUCCUAUUCCAUGUGAGACGACAGAACAAAUGAGCGCUAAAAUACCUGAAGAGCUUCUACCGCCAGAAUUGGACGGCGAUGCAUCAUGUCUUCUACCGGCCCCUCCCCCUCCCUCAAGGCGAUUAGACCUUAAAGAUACACAAACCAAGAGGCACAAUCCUAACCUGCCUCCUCCAGUUCCUCCCCCCAGUAAACCAACAGACAAGUCAAAUCUUCGACCAGCAUAUAAAAAGUCAGCAAACCUUCAUGGCAAGCCGACAACCAAACCGAGCCUACCUCCGCCACCACCUCCUCCUCCUUCAAGAUUAGUCGACUCCCAAGACACAGCUAUAGAAAAGGCAAGUCCAAGCCUCCCAGCACCCCCUCGCCCGCAACAGGACUUGAAGCCAGUGUCGGACAAUUCAAGUGUUAGUCUAAACGCUAGAGAUUCUCCUGGAACAUUUCCAAGAAAAGCAAGCUUUGACAGAGCUAUGGAAAUACUUGAUGAUAUAUUACCUGAUGAAGAAUUGGCUAUGCUACCUCCUCCACCACCGCCUAAAGUUCCCCCUCCCGAGAGUUCUAGGGACGAAUCAACGACGAAUGCUGCAGCGAUGUGUCCAGUGAAGGACAGAUCGAGUAGUCCUGAGGUAGAGGAGUAUGACAGUUUUCUAAGUUCUCCACCACCGUCAAAAAAUGGGCCACUUAACUCAGUCAGGAAGUUAGAUGACCCUAAGGAUGACCUUCCACGGAAACCUCCACCACCCAAGCCGAGACGUAGCUUUACAGCGACGCUAGAAGAUCUCAUGCGAUAUGAUAUAUCCUCUCAAUCUACUCGAUCGACAGCAACAACAUCAGCCAUGCAUUUUCAUCCCAUAGAGAGUGCCUCGUCACAAGAAAUAGACUACUUACAAAAGUUUGAUGGUCCAGAAGAGAACAGACUGGGUCUUAUGGAGCCGGAGUUGAUUACUGACACCAAGAAAUCAGAACAAUCCCACCAAACACAACGUCACACAUCCCCCGACGUCACUGAAGUUGCCCAAAAUGUUAGGAACGUCGUAAAACAACCGUCUUGGGAAAAUGACGUUAUAAAUUUCCGGAGAUUGUCUCGUAUGGAGUCGAACCCUCAGAGCAUACCCGAGUCUUCUUCGAGUUCUUCCAAAGAUCAAGAGCUCGACUUUCUCGAUGACAUGAUGACCAUGGAGGAAAGCAUUGAGUCUAACACUAGUGAGGCGGCGUGUGAAGGUAUUGAUCCCUAUGAAGAAGUCGUUCACUUGUCAUGGUCUCGCAAUAAAGAGGCGACGAACGAGUCUGUUAGAGCUGACAGUAUAAAUGAUGAAAACAAUCAAUUGUCACUAUGUCGCAAUGAUGAACAGUCUUUCGGACCUGAAUGUUUGAAUGCAGAAAACCAAGCGUUUUUGAACUCUAGUGGAUCAUUACAAUCCAAUAAAACUCCAGUUGCAUGUUUGCCCGUGAUUGACAAUCUUAAAGGUAGGAAAGCUCCACCACCACCAGUGAAGGCCUCAAAUGAUUGGACAGACGGAAGAGGCUCCUUUUCGUCUACAAGAUCAAGAUCAUCGUCGGAACCCAUAGAUGCUGAAGUCAUGGCUGCUCAAAGCCCAAAGAAAAGGUCGUCAUCACCGAGCAAGAAACACGGGUUUCCAUGGAAAAAAGAAGGAAAGAAAGACAAGAAAGAAGCACGGUCGUUGUCACCUUCUAAGAAAAAGGAAGAGUCUCCAGAGUCGUCUUCUAAGAAAAGUAGUUCUUGGAAAAGUAAAUUAUUUGGGUCUAAGAACAAGGACAAGAAGCAAAGAUCUCGCUCGCAGUCGCCAGGGAGAGUUGUUUCUCCUCGCGACCUGAGUUCUCCGUCAAUUAAUGAUUCUAGUGAGCAAAAGCCCAUCUCUUCCCCGCCUCUCAAACAACCCCUACUUCCUUUUGGGCAUAAACCUCCUCCAUUGGAUAAACGGGUCUCUAUAGACGGCAUCCAUUACACAAAGGAAGGCGGAGAGGACAUAUAUACAGCGGUCAUACGCAAACCAAGAUCACCUUCUAAGAACUACGCAGGGAAACGGAGUCGGCGACACUCCUCCCCACCCCCUCCCCCUGUACCCCCACCUUGUGACACAGACGAUGUCGACUUCGACAGCGCUUUGGAGUACUCAGACGGGGAAAGCUGGGACGAGUGGGAUGAGACCGACUCGGGGGAUUUUGAUCACAAGCCUGCGAAACGGAAGUCUGUUGUCUCAGUUAACAAUGGGUUCCAAGAAGAGCUAGCCACACAGCUCGGUAAGAAGAGAAGGUCGUCUAGGAAAAAGAGCGAAGAUAAACCCCAGGAAGCAGUUUACGAGAAUUUCGCUGCGAUACGACGAUUCCAGCAAGAAUGCCAUGAAAAGGCAAAUGAAACUGCAGUAAAAGAAAAACCAAAGCCAAAGAAACCACCAAUUCCUAAAAAGCCCGAUUUUCUAAAGCUAAAACAAAAUCCCAGAAAUGAAAUUCCGUUAAUUGGAAGCAAUGCUGAUAAUACUAAGAUGACACAAACCUUGAGUGACAAACCUGUUGAGAGUAAUCCCUUACAACUCAUAGGAACCGAUUCAACAUAUACCAACCUGCCGGAUGAGCAUCCAUCCAUAACAGAGUUAAAGAGACCUGUGGAUACUAAUGCAGAAUUACCGGAGCUCACACCACACUUCCCAUCGUCAUCCACCAUGGAUGAGCUAGGAAAUGACGUAUCUACCGACUUUUUGGGCCAGCCAAUGGUUGAGGAGUCUUUUCCGGUCGAGGAAAGCCCUCGCUUUUGCUUUAAGUUACCGCCUCUACCUGUAGAAAUCCAAGAACCUAGUAACGAGGAAACGAACACCAGUCCUUUAAGUGAUCAAUCCGUAGGUUCUGUACAGUGCGAUUCACCAAUAGAAGAACCCAUCAUUUUACCAUCGGAAGCAAAGUCUGAGGAGUCACAUUUCUACGAUGAAUCGUUCUUCGAAGACCAAAAAGAAGUGGAAACCAAGGAUUUCCUCAGAUUGUCUCCUGUUGCAUCAGUGGCUAGUUCGCCCAGGGUAAUAAGAAGCUUAAGUCUUUCCAGCCGAGGUACAUCUCCUGAGCCUGCAGUGAGCGAGGUCAGACGUCCACCACCGCCCAUGCGCAGACGAUCCUCCUCGCUGCCACAUCUACUACCAGGGGGUCCCCACAUCAGUACACAGACCAGCCUCCAGGAGCUGAUCAAUGCCAGGAAUGAGGGAGCUGACAUCGAGGAGGGUAUUUUAUCUAUACAGCUGUUGAAAGAAGAUCAAGGAAUUGGCCUGAUGGUGAUUGGUGGACUAGACACGCCGCUAGGGAUGCUAUACAUUAAGGACAUCCAGCCUGGAACCCCUGCGGAGAAAUGUGGCCAUUUGAGGACUGGGGACCAACUCCUUCAGGUCAACGAUGAGUGUUUGGUGGGGGUGACGCAUGCAUACGCACUGGAAGUGCUCAAGAAUACGCCGCCGCUGGUCAAACUCACCGUGGCACGGAAGAAGGAUCGUGAAGAGCUUGAGGUCGAUAAUCUUGGCAGACGUAGAGUGGUGGACGAUAGCAAACCGCUGUUUCAGACCGCAGUGGAAUCGAGCACAGUUCCCAAAACAGCCACUGACGUCACAUUAAGCCCAAGAUCUGCACGGGACAUGCGACCACGCCCAUUAUCAUCAUUCGGGACCCCCAAGACCGACGACCCCCGUUACUCCACAAUGUCAUCGUUCGACACCGACGACUUGGAGAACGACCCAGACCGUGAUAGCUCCACCCUGAAUCUUUGCCAAAAUGACGUCCCUGUGACCGUCAUUGAUGGGAUUCCGGGGGAGGCAAGCAGUAGUGAGGAGGACGUGAGGCCGAGUAAAAGUGUGAGAUGGGCGCUAGCGGAUCGCGACUCAGAUGUGUUUACUGUGGAAUUGAAAAAGGACAGUAAGGGAUCCCUGGGGAUUCAUGUCAGCGGAGGAGUAGGCACGAACUGCAUUGAUGUCACGGUGCGUCACGUGGUGCCCCUAGGCGUGGCCGCCAAGGACGGGCGUAUCAGAAAAGGGGACAGGGUCCUGUCGGUGAAUGGUCGCUCUACAAAGGGACUCACCCACCAGGAGGUUCUUAACCUGUUACAAAACCUCCCCAGGAGGGUGGUGCUGGUAGUGUCACGUUCUAACUCCCCGCGCAAACGCAGUUUAUCACUGUCGUCUUUGAACAUCCUGCACAAUAAAUCGUCCGAGAAAGAGCCCACCACAGAGUCGGACGCAUGGCCUACAAAGAUGGAGUCCCCAAAGAAGAAAAACCUCAUGAGUCCAAGCGAUGUGAAUCCGCCUUCUUUAGAAAAAAUCCCCCUUACCCUGGAGCGUGAGAACACCGACUCUACGUAUGAUCGCUUCAAAAAGCGUCUCUUCUCCGGAGGGAAUGGCAAAGCGUUUAAGGAAAUACUUCAAAAGACUCCCCCAGAACCGUCUGUUAAAGAAAUAACACUGGAGAAGGGGCCGUCCGGUUUGGGGUUUAGUGUGGGGGGUGGACGGGACUCAUUGUAUGGGGACACGCCUAUUUAUAUCAAGUACGUAUUUAAGGACAGCGCGUCCUCGCGCAGUGGGCUGGAGAUUGGGGACGAGGUUCUUGAAGUGAAUGGACGGCACAUGCGCGGUAUGACCAAUGUUGAGGCUCUAGAGACGAUCCGCGCAUUGCCUUAUGGGGCUAUAGUUAUUCGAGUUCGUAGGAAAUGACAUAAUGAAGGCAGUUGUGUAGUCUCGUAUAAUAUACGGAAAUGGCGUUAGUUUACUGUACGACGCCGCUAGCAUGGUCACCUUGACAAUUUUAUGAAGAAUACCAAUUAAACCAAUGAGGAUGCGAAAAACGUGCUAUCUGAUUGAUAUGAACUUCAUUUGCCAAUCAGCGAGACAAAAAAAACUGCCUGAGUGUGCAUAAGAAGCUUGUAUCCAUUAUCUGUGAUUCUCGCGCGCUCAUUGGUUAACUUGAAAAACAUUAUAUUGGUGGACACGGUAGCGCGUGUCGCACUAUAAAACUUUGUAUUGGUGGCCACGGUAGCGCGCGUCGCACUAUAACACUUUGUAUUGGUGGACACGGUAGCGCGUGUCGCACUAUAACACUUUGUAUUGGUGGACACGGUAGCGUGCGUCGCACUAUAAAAAAUUUGUAUUGGUGGACACGGUAGCGUGCGUCGCACUAUAACACUUUGUAUUUGUGGACACGGUAGCGCGCGUCGCACUAUAACACUUUGUAUUGGUGGACACGGUAGCGUGCGUCGCACUAUAACACUUUGUAUUGGUGGACACGGCACUUUCUUUUUAUUGAAUCGAAACAUCGUACUGUGCUUAUAGCUGUGUUAAUAAAAUUAAUACCUUUCUUUUUUAAUGGCGAAAAUAUAAUUCUGUGGUAGAAAUCUGUGGGGUGAGCCCGCAAAGACCGCUGGGUCUCCGAAAUGAUGGUUGAUGCGAUGGAAAGCUAUUAAUUUCUUUGUAUAACACAUAACUAAGAUAAUUUUUGGAAAUUAUUGCACGUGGAUGCAUGAUCUUGUACUUCUCUGAUAUCUUUGUAAAGAAUACUGGGUUGAUAUGCUUACCAAGAUUUUAUGUCAUUUCGCUGUUUUAGUCUGCAUUGUAUAUUUGUAAAAUAGAGAUGAUUUAUAAUGUAUAAAUAUCUUGAAAGAAUUGAUCUUCAAAGAAAUCUCGUACCCUAUGGAUACUAUUUAAUAUAUUUAAGAAUCUAUGCUUGCCGUGUUCCGUGUAUAUUAUCCUAGUUUAUUUAGGAUUGUUUUACAGGUUAUUUACAGAAGUUUUUUAUUUCUAUAUAUUUUUUUCCAUUUCUAUAUUUUUGCAUGAUUGUAUUGGUGAAACAAUCUGUCAGGGUGUUCAUUUAGGCCAAUAAAAGAAUGGAAUUUGUA